AUGACGUCAUCAGAAACGACUGCUGAGCAAAUCAAUCUGCUUGUCUCCUCAGCAGACAUGUGCCACGUGGCAGUGUUCUUCACAAAACUCCUCGUUACACUGAUCAUCAGUGAACUCUAUUUUGCACAUGUGGUGAAAGCCGACGACGAAGAAGCAGAAGAAGGGGAAGGAGGAGAAGAAGGAGGAGAAGAAGAAGGUGGAGAAGCAGAAGGUGGAGAGGAAGAAGGAGGAGGAGAAGGAGAUGAAGAAGAAAAAGAAGAAGGAGAAGGAGAGGAAGAAGAAAAAGAAGAAGGAGAAGAAGAAGGAAAAGAAGAAGGAGAAGAAGAAGGAAAAGAAGAAGAAGAAAAAGAAGACGAAGAAAAAGAAGAUGAAGAAAAAGAAGAUGAAGAAAAAGAAGAUGAAGAAAAAGAAGACGAAGAAAAAGAAGAUGAAGAAAAAGAAGAUGAAGAAAAAGAGGAUGAAAAAAAAGAAGAUGAUGAAGAAGAAGAAGAUGAAGAAGAAGAAGAAGAAGAAGAAGAAGAAGAAGAAGAAGAGGAAGAAGAAGAAGAAGAGGAGAAUGAAUACGACGAAUACGGCCACAUACUCAACGAUUUUUGCCUGUCUCUCUUCAUCCCGAUUCAACCCCAAUAUGUCAUUCAACCAGAUUUCCUAAUCGACUGGCUUUCAGCGAGCCACGACUUCAAUCUCCUCAGCUGUGAUUAA